AUGCAGCCAGCACUCGCAUCCCGCCUCGUGGCCCUGCCGCCUGAGCUGCGCUGCCACAUCUACUCUUUCUUACCAGAGCUCGUGUACAAGUAUAUAUGGCCCGUCGUCAAGUCUUCUCCCGUCGGCGUGUGCAGCUGGCCGUACUACAGGCUACCGACGUCGUUGCUCUUGACUUGCAAGCUCAUCUAUCAAGAAACCAGAGAUGCAUCGAUCCAAAAGCGAUUGUGUGAUCUCAACGAGCAAUACCCACCCGUCGUCGUUUUGGGACCAGCCAAUGUACUGUACGAGCCACGAAAUGGCUUUAUGGACGAGUUGUUCGGUCUCUUGUCCAGGCACAAUGGCAACACUUCAUCCAUGUACGAUGGCAGUGAGACGCUUGCUGGACGCACUCCCAAGCGCAUAUGCCGUGGCAUAACAGCUUGGACCAACCAGAGUCUCGAGACCAGGCUCGGAGUUCACUGGGAACAAGUUUACCAGCGCCUCCCCCGAGAGCUAGGCUACUCGGAAAAGAAUCUGAAGAUUUUCGUCGCAUGCACCUUGACCAGGAUGGCACAUAACAAUGCCAAAGAAGUCCGGAUUCGACUAGUGAUUCGCGGCAGCGCUUUUAACAACGCCUGGAUCUUCGAAAGGCGUAUGAUGGACUAUGUUCUUCAGUACAAGACGAGAGCACUCGGGAACUCCCGUUGCGAUGCUGAGAGUAUGCGUGCCAAAGAAGCAGUGACUGUUGUUCUUCCGCCUCAACCACAUGGAAGUUAUGUUGAUGAAUUUAUUGCAUGGAUGCUGGAGGACAAUCUUGGUUUCGAACUAGAAGCACCGUCAGUCCAGGACGAACGACUGUUCUGUAAGCAUGGCCGUUCUGCCAAUCAUCACGGCGACGAGAAAAUAGAUACGUCAUAG